GAAUGUCCGAAUGAGUGAGAGUAGUGAUCCGCUGACGUUUGAAGCUCUCAAUUUAUUCCUUACCAGUCGCACGCGUGCUCUCGAGGAUUUCGCCGUCGGAUCUUCGAACGUUACGACGGUGAAGUCUUCUCCUGUGUCGCGGGUUCAUGUUGCUGCUGCGUCGACGCUUGCAGUCAACGGAUGUUCGAUAUGUAAGGGGCGCCAUUAUUUUAGUGCUUGUCCGACAUUUGUGCGCGGGCAUCUUUUCCGAAGACGCGAUUUCGUGAAGCGGUAUCAGCAAUGUUAUAACUGUCUAAGUCCGAAUCAUUCGGUAAACGAGUGUAACAGUAAACACUCCUGUCGAAUUUGUCAGCAAAGACAUCAUAGUCUGCUUCACGCUAGCGCAGACUCGGUUAGAGAUCGUUUUGUAGUAGAGUCGAAUCCGGGGCUGUCAUCUCAGACGGUCGAAGCACCAAGCGCGGUGCAGUCCUUGCACGCUUCUUCUAUUGUGUGGUCUGUUAAGCAAAUACUUUUAGCGACCGCCUGGGUGAGGGUCAUCGGGUCGAGCGGUCGAACAAUCGUCGUCCGAGCUCUCCUGAAUCAGGGCUCACAGAUGACCUUCGUAUCCGAGAACUUGGCGCAAUUACUGCAUGCGAAACGACGGCGUAUUUCUGUCCAGGUAUCGGCCGUCGGCGGAGUUCAUGCGGGCACAGUUCGUUAUACCAUGGAUAUUUCUGUUUCGCCGCGUGACUCGAUGUCUCCCUCGUAUCACACGAAAGCCGCCAUAUUAGGAAAGCUUACGCAUUACGCACCGAAACACGUUGAAUCUCUUUCAGGUUAUCCACAUCUGGUUGAUUUACCAUGGGCAGAUCCUAAUCCCACUAGUGCCGAUCCUAUUAACAUCAUCAUCGGCUGUGAUCUCUACAAUGAGCGUCGUGAAGGCCGCCUCGGUGAACCAACAGCGCAGAAGUCAAUUUUUGGAUGGUUAUUCUCAGGCCCUAUAGUUUCGUCGGCGAUACCCUCUUUGUCGCCGGACGUUGCAGGUGACGAGACGGCUGCAUUCAAUAUAGCCGUGCACCAUUGUUGCGACACAGCGACUCUCACUAAAGAAAUUGAGCAAUUUUGGAAAAUUGAGGAGCUUCCCAAACACUCGUUUCUCACCAAAGAGAAUAUUCAAUGCGAGGAUCACUUUCGAUCCACGCACUCUCGCAAGGGCAGCCGAUAUGUCGUUCGUCUCCCGUUCAAAACGAGCCCUCCGCUCGACUUGGGAGAUUCUAAAAUGAAGGCCGCUUGUCAACUCGAGUCACUAAUGCGUCGCUUGCAUGCUUACCCCCAGCAAUUCGCCGAAUAUGCCGCAUUUCUCGAUGAUUGCGAGCGUCUUGGCCAUAUGCGCCGAGUGCCGGUCACGAAUGCUAUUGGGUCACGCGCUGUUUACAUGCCGCAUCAUCCCGUUUAUCGUUCUGACAGUCAAACAAGUCAUUUGCGAGUCGUGUUCAACGCUCUAGCCGCACGGCAACUGGUCGUAGUCUAAACGAUAAUCUUCUGUCUGAUCCAAAGCUGCAAAUCGAUCUUCCGGCGGUAAUAUUGCGAUGACGAAUUCAUAAAUUCGUGUACAGCGCGGACAUUGCCAAGAUGUAUCGUCAAAU